AUGGACGAUAAGGCAUAUUUACGGCCUGGCACAGAUGUGGGAGCGAGAAAUACGAAAGCUAGUGUAAUAUAUGAUGUCUGUGAUCCUAAUGAGCAGAAGAAACUGAAGCAACACGAUUUUAACAAUCCUGAAGUAAAUCAGACUCCUGCAUCAUUUCGAUUGAUUAAGCAGCACAUUGAAAAUAUCCAAGAAAAAGAUGAAUUAAUGAGCGACCAAGAUCCAAGCCUGGUCAUCAUUCGUCCAAAAUACUUCAUUGGGAGUGGUGGUAGCUUAUGGGCCUCAGAUUACAUGCGCUUAAGUUAUGGAGUUCCCAAACUCUUUCAGGAGAGUCCAUAGAACACUAGUUUGAGCAUUGAGUUGCAAAGGCUAGCUAUUUGUUCCUAUGAUGUCGUCUAUUAUUUAACUGAUCUGACAAUGGAGGAAGAUGUUAUGCGCGUUAAAACUGAAAGAGGUUGCAAGUACUUCUGCUACGAGCAGGAGCAGCUUAUUUCGUUUCAAAAUCAAAUCAGCUAUAUCACAAUCCAAUACAAAGAGGCUGUUCAUUUGCAAUCUGAGCAAGAAAUAGGAAGUGAACUACUGGAAACGCUCUCGGGUCUUCGGAAAACGGUAGAAUCGGUUCAAACACAAAUGUUAGCGCAUACACGACAGGGAAAGUUGUGGGAUGUAACGAAGGAUAUCUUAAGAGAUUGUUAGCAAUGCCUCAAUGAUUUAGACCAUUUGAGAUGUCCCAAGUUCUGCUAGAACAUUCUCAAAACCACUGAUGCAGGCCCUGGAGUCGGUGUAACCAACAUUGAAGUGCGUUUUAGCGAUUUUGAAAUUGCAAGAAUACAAUCAUCUGAGCGCGUUAAUAGAAUUCACCGCGCUCCAGGGGACUCUGCACAAAACGAGGCUGAGAGAACAAAUGCAUCAAUAGGUGAUGCCCUGGUAGAUGGAACAGCAUUAAAAUGGGAGUAUUUCAAGCCCUUUGAUGGCCUCACAGAUACAGAGAUAAAGAAACUAUCUGCUUCGGAAGUAAAAGAAAGAGAGGCAAUUUGUAUGGAAAAGAAUGCUUGGGAAGUGGCUAGAGGUGACAGCUAUGGUUGACGAUUAACCUGGUCCUGCUAAAGACCACUUAAAGUGCUAUACAACUACAGCAUCAAAUUGUCAGUUCUUUUUCAACAAAUCGUAUCUUAUGAAGUAUGCAAAUGCUAAAACAGAUGCUGCAAAACAUUCUGUUCCUGAAUACCACUACUUUAGGAAGAUACCGUAAAAUUCCCCUCCAAAUAUAAGCCCCCCAAACCGGUAACGCAAAAAAACUUCUGUUAAAUAGCCCCUCCAAAUAUAACCCCCCCGGGGGCUUAUACUUGGAAAAUUGCCCUCAAAUACAAAGUAAAACAAAGCAAAAACGGUAAAUUCACUUCCAACUAUAAGGCUAGCCCAAUCGAUUUUGAAAAGCAAAUUUCCCUCCGUAGAUAAGCCCCUCCGAAUAUAAGCCCCUCCAAAAAUAAGCCCCUCAAAAAGGGUCUUUAAAAAAUAUAAGCCCCGGGGCUUAUUUUCGCAAUUUUACGGUAUAUUCAUUUAUGGAUAGCCACUGUAUCAUUGGAGAGAUGUUCCUUGAAUAUUUAAAAGUAGCCUGUAAAGAAAAUGGUGAAAGCACUGCGACUUCUGCAACAGCACAAGAGAACAAUGCUGUGAGGAGAUUUAACAUGUUGCGAGGCCAUUUCCUGACAACGAAAGUGAUGGGCAUCAUUACCUUUUUUCUAAAACCCCAGCAAACAACAGGCUUGUCGAUGAUUACAUGCCAAGGGUACAGCUGA